AUGAGGAUCGGGGAAAUCCUUCGUAGUUAUGCUAGCCAGUAUUGGGAGCUCUAUAAUGAGAUUGGUGGGAGCAACGAGAAAAUUGUUGCGCGCACCUUUAGGAUGGGAUUGCCCGAGAACUUCGAACUAUGGGAGUUGUUGACGAGAAAGCCUCCCGAGGAUAUGAGGCAGCUCAUGAGACGUGUUGAGGAGUACAAGCGCCUGGAGGAUGAUUGGCUGCAGAGUAAGGGUAAGGCCCCGUUGGUGGCCGAACAAGAUAGGGGUGAUCCAUCUCGGAGAAACCAGAAUCUGCACUGCACCUAUCAUAGAGAUAAGGGGCACACCACCGAGCAGUGCCGGGUGUUGAAGAACCAUCUAGAGCAAUUGGUAAAAGCGGGACAUUUGAAGGAGUUUGUAGUGGAUUCCAGGAAUCGGGGUACUAGGCAAGGUGCUCAGCAAAGAGGAAACCCUCUCCCACCGCCAUUGGGAGUGAUUGAAGUGAUCCAUGCUGCCCCAAGGGGUACGACUGUGACCAAAACGGGGGUGUUGACUGUUGUACCUGUGGAAGAUUGCCCGGACAAGCAACCCUCCAAAAAGAGAACGAAGCUUGCUCGGGAGACUCUUGCUAUUGAUGAUGAUGAUGAUUUAGAAGGAACAAUUCAGCCGCACGAUGAUGCAUUGGUAGUGACAACUUGA